UGCUGAAGGAGAGGCUGUGGCGGGGAGGAGGCAGAGUCACCCUCUGGGGCCUCCAUUCCAGGGGCUUCCUCUUGGCCCGGAUGUGGGCAGGGAGGGCCCAGGGACUCAGCUGUCAAGAAGGAAGCCCCACACCCAGACAGACGCCUCGGGAGAGCUGUGUGGCACAGGAUUUCGACUGUUUCCUACUGAGUCCGCCAAGGGCACCUGCGGGAUGAGGACUCUCUGCGUCCUUCUCCUCCCUGUCCUGGGGUUGCUGGUGUCCAGCAAGUCAUCGUGUCCCAUGGACGAAGCCAUUGAUGAAAAGAUCCAGGGGGGCAUCAGCUCCCUAAUUUUGGCAGCAAUACAGAACAUCCGCCUCGACUGCAGGACCGUCACCUCCAGGGGGAACCUGGCUACCUGCCCUGCAGGCCUCUCUGUCACCGCCUGCACGUGUGGCUCAGCCUGUGGCUCAUGGGACGUGCGCGCCGAGACCACGUGCCACUGCCAGUGCGCGGGCAUGGACUGGACCGGAGCGCGCUGCUGUCGUCUGCAGGCCGCCGCCUGAGGUCGAUCACGCUGCGCCCCAGGGAGGGGUAGGGGGGCUGCAGAAAUAAACGGAAAGAGAUGGUGACCAGCA